UGGCCGCCAGAUGCGUGGCAUCAUCUGAAAGAAUUAGGUGAUGUCAUGGAUGAGGUCUCACCCGAGUCGCCACGCACGCCUGAAAGUGGGCGGCAAGAGGAUUUGGAAGAUGAGCUCUCCCCCCUCUCCCCUGUCCUGGUGGAGGAGGCGCAUGUACCAGUAGACGGUUUUCCGCCGCAACCGGUGGAGGAGGAGCCGGCGCUCCCAGAGGGAGUCUCGGGGGACGUCCUGGCGCCCUUGACGCGAGAAGGAAGCGAAUCUCCGCCAAAGGCGGAGCUGACGGCGCAUGGAACAGUCCUGACCGAGGCGAGCAAGUCUCAGCUCCUCAUGAGGGCCUAUGCUCGGCAGGUGGAGCGGCGGCCGAAGCUGAUCAUGCUGUUUGCCACGUUGGUGGUUGCAGCGCUGGUUGGGCCUUUGUUUAGGAUGCCAACCAUCGAGUUUGAUUUCUCCACCUUCAUCCGCGCGGAUGGCGACUCCAUGCUCAGGCGGGAGGCGUACAUUUUGGCGCUCUCGGCGAGAAAGGGCCCCAAUGCACGGAGGAGGCUCGAAGAGCUCCGACCAGAGGGGGGCUUCCUGCAAGUGGGCGAGGACGUUGUGCAGGCGCUGGAUCCACCUGAGACUGCCAGCGGGCGACGUUUGCUCGGCCAGCUCAUCUACACCCAGAGCGUGUCCGUGCUCUACGACGCGAGGGGCGUCUCCAUCUUUGACAAGAAGGUCCUAGCGAGCCUCGGAUCCUUUGAAGCGCAGCUGCGGAAUCUGCCGGGCUGGCAGAUGAUCUGCAAAGAGCAAGUGGCACAAGUCCUGCAGUAUCUUUGCGACCCCGGCGAGUCCCUGCUCGCCUACUCCUUUCCCACCCAGGCCAAGGGCCAGGGUGCCACACGAUUCGUCUUAGAGAUGAACGGCAACGCCGCGGAGCCCAUCCCGGCGCCCGCCACCCUGGCCUUCAUCGAGCAGGGAGGCCAUGAGAUCUUAGACCUGCGGCGCUUCAUGGACAUCAACUACCAGCCUCCGCUGCGGAACGGCACCGGCGCCGAGGCGGCUGGGGCCGCCCCGACAGUGCUGCGCUCGCGCUUCUUCUUUGCCUUCGAUGUCACCGCUGACACCCAGUCAGGGAUCCAGGAUGGUGUGCGCAGAUCCAAGGAGACCUGGGCGCGGGUGGUGCGGGAGGAGGUGUACCCGCUGCUACGUGCCGGCACGACCGGGGUGGACGUCCGCUACUCCGGGGAUUACCUCACCUCUCUAGAACUGCUGGACACGCUGCAGAGCGACCUGCUCUUCGCCAUCGGCUCUGUGGCAGUGGUGCUGCUCUGCCUUUGGUUCCAACUCCAAGCGCUGUGGCUUAGCGUCUUCAGCCUCCUGGUGAUCCUACUGGCGCUGCCGGUGGCCUACGUGCUGACGCCCGCGGAGAAGUUGACGAUCACCUCCUUCCUGGCGCUCUUUUUGGUGGUGGGCAUUGGCAGCGAUACCGUCUUCGUGUACGCAGACUUCUGGGACCAGGAGUCCCACCGCCCCUUGGACGAGCGAGUGGCAGUGGUGCUGAUGUCUGCAGGCACCAACUGCCUGGCGACCUCGCUGACCACUGCUGCCAGCUUCCUGGCGAACCUCGCCAGCGUCUUGCAGCCGCUGCGGGAGUUCGGAUUCUUCAUGGGCCUUUGCGUCCUAUGGGUCUUCGUGCUCAUCACCCUUUACCUGCCGCCCAUGCUGGUGAUCCAGUCGCGGUGGCAGAAGGUGGUUCCCAGCCCCACGCAGGUGCCGGCAGAGCCGUUCGCCAUUGUGCCGGCCGAGGUUGUGCCUCCGAAGGCGCCCGCGCCGAAGCUCAAGGAGAAGCGUUGCUCCAGGCUGACGAGGUCGUACCUCCGGGCACUUGUGAAGCGCGUCUCCUUCUGCCCCUCGGUGGUGGUGAUUUUCAGCGCGCUUUUCAUGGUGCUCUUCGGCAUAGGCAUCAGCCUGGACAUUCGCUUAGCCACUGGCGUGCCCCAAAUCUUUCCGGACGGCCACAAUCAGGUGGCCUUUCCUGUUCUGGAGGCCAAGUUCUCCUCUAUCCCCCGGGUGGACAUCGGCCUGGAGGGGCCCGAGCCGCUGGAGCCCGUGUGUUCCGCUGACGCUGCUUGGGGCACCUUCUCAGGCUGCAGCCUUUUCUGGUGCGACCAGGCCGUGGCGAUCCCGUCCAGCUCAGAUUCGGACUGCUGGGCGUCACCAAUCAGGUCGCCCUCUGGAGGAGGCCUGGAGCGCUGCGAGAGCCUGGGGCUCUACGGGCGCCUCGGAGCUGCCGGCCCGAUUUCGAGCGCAGAUGCCAGGAGUGUCUUGAGUUCCCUUGUCCAAGCAGCAGCAGGCUCCCGUCACCAUGCGGCGCUCUCGACCUCUGUCUCUGUCGUCAACGUAGAAAUGAAGACGCUGGUGCAGGAGAGUUGGAGCACCGGCUCCGCGGUGGCCAGCCGCCAGUUCUACAUGGGCUCGGCCAGGGCCACGCUGAGCGCCCUCGCAGGCGCCAACGAGACCUGUGACCUGGACGCUUUCUGCUUCUCGGGGGUCCCGGUCUGUGAGCUGGAAGGCUACACAGCGCUCGGGAACUUCGACAGUUUUACAGCGGCUCGCCGCUUGGAAGUGUUGGAGGAGGAGCUGGAGGUGCCGGCGUCGGCGCUGUGUGAAGGCGCGCUGGUUCCGGCGGCGCGGAAGUUGGCCCUCAUCCCCGAAGUGCCGGAGAACAAGCAGAUCGACGUGACGGUGCUGUGGGGCAUCCGGGCGCCGAGGACAACGCCAUUGCUGGGCCCCAACCCAGAGCAGUGGUCCUUCGACCCCUACUUCCAGAUGAGCAACCCCUGGGCGCAGCGCGCAGUCCUGGGCAUGUGCGAGGACAACCCGCCAGACGAGCUGCGGAUACUGAGAAAGCGCUGUUGGAUCGUGGAUCUCAAAGACCGCUUGAGGAGAUUCCCCUCCCGGACCUUCACCACAGAGGUGCUGUACUGGUCUUCGGACAGCCUGGCGAUGCAGGAGCAGCUAUGGAUGGUGGAUGACGCGGUGGUGGCGGCCAUGUUGAACUUCCACGUGGACUUCGCCUUCGACGUGGGUGCCGAUGCCAUCUUGGAGUACAAGUCCCGCUGGGACCGGUACAUGGAUGCCAGCAACUCACAGUCCUCCGCCACGGCCAACAUGGCCUGGCACACCGCGGCCGCCUGGGUGAUGGCCGAGGCGGAGGUGGCGAUCAUCAACAGCACCAUCCUGACCAUUGUGGUGGCCGCGCUGGGCGGCUUCGCGUGCAUGCUGCUCUUUACCAGUGACCCCGUGCUGGCAGUGCUGGUGUUGCUGCUGGUCAUGGGCGUGGUGACGGGUUUGGCCUUCUUCAUGGUUGUGAUCAUGGCUUGGCCGCUGGGGCCCAUUGAGGUCAUCUCGUUGGUGGUCUUCGUGGGAUACUCGGUCACCUACUCGCUGCAUGUGGCGCACAUCUUCGGGGAGGUGGAUGGUCUGGAGGAGUAUACACAGCAGCAGGUGAACCAGAUGCAGCCGCAGGUGGUGGUGCAGAGCCACGACAAAGAUGAGGUGCCGGGAUCGCUGGCCCCGCCCGCCCAGGCUCCCCCGCUUUUGGAGGCGCCGAGCUUCAUGGAGCUGGACAACCAGCAGCUCCGCAUUGUGCGGGUGCGGCAGGCGGUGCUGCGGAUCGGGCUCUCCACCCUCAGCUCCACGCUGUCCACGGUGGGCGCCAGCGCCUUUCUGCUGAUCGCCACCAUGCAGGUCUUCACGAAGCUGGGCUCUGUGGUCAUCGCGGUGAGUCUCCUCUCCUGCCUGGCGUCGCUGGUGGUGCUCCCGGCGGUGCUGGUGCUCUGCGGGCCCAACGCCGGGUCUCUGUACCAGCGCUGCUGCGCGCGGCCCCGAAACGAGACGGCGGCGUCCGGGCCAAGUGGGGCGCGGUGCGGGUCGCCGGAGCUCACCGACUUGGACCAGGGCGGCAGGGGCAACACGCCUGACGGGUACCAUGCAGACUGAUCGCUGCGAAUCCGCGGGGAUUUGAAUCGCCACCCGCGAUGCGGGCGGGCGCAGCGCCCGAAUGCCGCGCGAGGGAAGGGGCGGUGCUUUCUUGAGCCA